AGGGACGAUGAUCCAAAUCACAACAAUUCUCUUUUUCUUUAUCAUCUGGCUCCCCACUGUCCAUCCGUCUAUUCACCCCACUUAAUCCACUGACUUCACAAACCUUCAACCUUUCUUUUCUUCUCUGGAAGAAAGAAUAACCACUCAAAUCUCUGUUUAUCUUUUUUCAUACCAUGUAUUCUUCUCCUUACAUCUACUCUUUCGCUUUGUUUUUUUCUCUUUCUCUUCUUUUCUUCUUCUUCGCCCCUCAAUUUCUCCCCGUUAAACACUCCCAAACCAUCCACGCUAUCUCCGACGACCUCGACGAUCUCUCCCUCUUCCGCAACGCCCUCGCUGCCCAAAAACAAAUCCCCGCUCGCUCCGCCGUCUCCUCCAAAAUCUCCCACUUGUCUUUGUCAAAUCCCAAGCCUAAGAUCGCUUUCCUCUUCCUCACGAAUUCCGAUCUCGUCUUCGCUCCCCUCUGGGCCGCCUUCUUCUCCGGCAACAAUAACAAAAAUCUUUACAAUAUCUACGUCCAUGCCGACCCUUCCGUUAAACUCAGCCACCCCCACCCCCUGUUCAACCACCGCUUCAUUCCCGCCAAGAAAACCCAACGUGCAUCACCGUCAUUGAUCUCCGCCGCCCGGAGACUCCUCGCCAACGCGCUCAUCGACGAUCCGUUGAAUCUCUACUUCGCGCUCGUGUCUCAAAGUUGCAUCCCUCUCCAUUCCUUUCAAUUCAUUUACCAUUCCAUCUUCGGAAAUUCUUUAAAUCUCUUCCGAGCAUUCGCCACUCAAUCGCAACACAAAAGCUUCAUCGAAAUUCUCGACGACGAUCCGAACUUGCCAGAGCGUUACAUUGCCAGAGGCAAGAACGUGAUGUUGCCGGAAGUCACGUACAAGCAGUUUCGCGUCGGGUCUCAGUUCUUCAUUUUGUCGAAACGCCAUGCGUUGCUUGUGAUAAAAGACAGAAGACUCUGGCGCAAGUUUAAGCUUCCGUGUUUAAAUUUGAAUUCUUGUUAUCCGGAGGAGCAUUAUUUUCCGACAUUGUUGUCGAUGGAAGACCCAGCGGGUUGCAGCGGUUACACACUGACGAGAGUGAAUUGGACUGAAAGCGUGGGCGGGCAUCCGCAUACGUACCAGGCGUCGGAGGUGUCGCCGGAGCUUAUUCAGACGUUGAGGCAGUCGAAUUCAAGUUAUUCGUAUUUUUUCGCGCGGAAAUUCUCGCCGGAGUGUCUGAAGCCGCUGAUGCGGAUUGCAAAUGACGUCAUCUUCAAGGAUUGAUCGAGAAACAAACGGAUGAAGAAAUGGAAGAAGAGGGUGUUGGUGUGAGUGUGACCUCAAAACACAAAAUAAUGUGACUUGGGAAGGUUGUUUUGGAGUGGUCGUAAGUAUCGCUGUUUGUUAUUGUGAAAGUAGAAGGUGUGGUGGGGGGCUUAGCGUGGAGUUGAAAAGGCAAUGCAAAAGGCCAAGGUCUAUUGCUUUCUCUCUCUCUCUCUCUCUCUCUCUCCCAUUUGCUCCCUCCACCAAAUGUGUUCUCUAAUCUGUGUAUAUUGUAACGACAACAACACUAUCCUUAAUUAAAUGCUAUCUUUGGGAA